UCAGACUGCUGAACUCGAGUCAGUGGGGGGAAGAAAACGUCAGGGAAGAGGUGGAAAGCCACACCCCGCAGUGCCCGCGAAUUUCCCCGGGAGCCGACGGUCGCCCGAGCAGUCGCUGCCGAGAUGCGGGGCCCGUGGCUUCUGACCGCCGCCCACCUCGUCUGCGUGUGGACCGCAGCGCUGGCCGCAGCCCCCGGGCCCAGGUUUCUGGUGACAGCCCCAGGGAGCAUCAGGCCUGGAGGAAAUGUGACUAUUGGGGUGCAGCUCCUGGAACACAGCCCCUCGCAGGUCACCGUGAAGGCCGAGCUGGUCAAGGUGGCCGCAAACCUCACCAUGUCUGUCCUGGAAGCAGAAGGAGUCUUUGAAAAAGGCUCUUUCAGGACACUUAUUCUCCCAUCACUACCUCUGAACAGUGCAAACGAGAUUUAUGAGCUACGUGUAACUGGACGCGCAGAGGAUGAGAUUUUAUUCUCUAAUAGUACACGCUUAUCAUUCGAAACCAAGAGUAUAACUGUCUUCAUUCAAACGGACAAACCCCUAUACAAGCCAAAGGAAGAAGUGAAGUUUCGUAUUGUUACACUCUUCUCAGAUUUUAAACCUUACAAAACCUCCUUAAACAUUCUAAUUAAGGACCCCAAGUCGAAUCUGAUUCAACAGUGGUUGUCGGAAAAAGGUGAUCUUGGAGUCGUUUCCAAAACUUUUCAGUUGUCUUCCCAUCCGAUACUUGGUGACUGGUCCAUUCAGGUUCAAGUGAAUGACCAGACACAUUAUCAAUUAUUUCAGGUUUCAGAAUAUGUAUUACCAAAAUUUGAAGUUGCUUUGCAGACACCAUUAUAUUGUUCUUUGAAUUCUAAGAGUUUAAAUGGUACUGUCACAGCAAAGUAUACAUACGGAAAGCCAGUGAGAGGAGACGUAACACUUACAUUUUUACCUUUAUCAUUUUGGGGCAUGAAGAAAAAUAUUACAAAAAAAUUUAAGAUAAAUGGAUCUGCAAACUUCUCUUUUAAUGAUGAAGAGAUGAAAAAGGUAAUGGAUUUUUCAGAUCGGCUUUCUGAACACAUGUCUCCAUCUUCCCCUGGGCCAGUAGAAAUUUUAGCCACAGUGACAGAAUCACUUACAGGUAUCUCCAGAAAUGCAAGUGCCAAUGUAUUUUUCAAGCAACAUGAUUACACCAUUGACUUUUUUGAUUAUGCUACUGUCUUGAAGCCAUCGCUGAACUUCACAGCCUCUGUGAAGGUGACUCGUUCUGAUGGCAAGCAACUGACUCUUGAAGAAAGAGUAAAUAACAUCGUCAUAAUGGUGACACAGAGAAACUCUACACAGUACGAGGGCAGAUGGACCAGCAGAAAUCAGGAAGGAGAAGCCGUCCAGAUGCUAAAUUACACUCUUCCUCAAAGUGGAAUAUUUAAGAUUGAAUUCCCAAUCCUGGACAAUUCCACUCAGCUACAGUUGAAGGCCGUUUUUCUUAAUAGUGUGGGUAGCAUGGCAGUUUAUGGCGUAUUUAAGUCUCCUAGUAAAACAUACAUCCAGCUCAAAACAAGAGAUGCAAAUAUAAAGGUGGGAUCACCUUUUGAGUUGGUGGUUAGAGGCAACAAGCAAUUGAAGGAGUUAAGCUACAUGGUAGUAUCCAGGGGACAGUUGGUGGCUGUAGGGAAGCAAAAUGCAACAACAUUCUCUUUAACACCAGAAAAUUCUUGGGCUCCUACAGCCUGUAUAAUUGUGUAUUAUAUUGAAGAUGAUGGGGAAAUUAUAAAUGAUAUUCUAAAAAUUCCUGUUGAGCUUGUUUUUAAAAAUAAGGUAAACCUCUUUUGGAGUAAGGCUACAGCUGAACCAGCUGAAAAAGUCUCUCUUAGGGUCUCUGUGACGCAGCCCCACUCGAUGGUAGGGAUUGUAGCUAUUGACAAAAGUGUGAACCUGAUGAACGCCUCAAGUGAUAUUACAAUGGAAAAUGUGGUCAAUGAGUUGGAACUUUAUAACACAGGAUAUUACUUAGGCAUGUUUGUGAAUUCUUUUGCAGUCUUUCAGGAAUGUGGCCUCUGGGUUUUGACGGACGCAAGCCUUAUGCAGGAUUACAUCGACGGUGUUUAUGAGAGUGUAGUGUUCGCUGAGGACUACUUGGAGGAACAUGACAAAUCCUUGGUAAACUUAUAUGACUUUUCUUCCGUUGGCAAUCCACGUGUCAGAAAGAAUUUUCCAGAGACUUGGAUUUGGCUAGACACCAACAUGGGUUCCAAGACAUAUGAAGAAUUUGAAGUUACUGUACCUGAUUCUAUCACAUCUUGGGUAGCUACUGCUUUUGUGCUCUCUGAGGAUUUAGGUCUUGGACUAACAACUACUCCAGUGGAGCUACAAGCCUUUCAGCCGUUUUUCAUUUUUUUGAAUCUUCCCUACUCUGUGAUCAGAGGUGAAGAAUUUGCUUUGGAAGUAACCAUAUUCAAUUAUUUGAAAGACGCCACUGAGGUCAAGGUGACCAUUGAAAAAAGCGACCAAUUUGAUAUUCUAAUGGCUUCAAAUGAGGUCAAUGCCACAGAGCACCAGCAGACCACUGUUGUUCCCAGUGAGGAUGGCGCAACCGUUCUUUUCCCGGUCAGACCAACGCGUGUGGGGGAGAUUCCCAUCACAGUCUCAGCGUUUUCACCUGCUGCUUCCGAUGCUGUCACCCAGAGGGUGUUCGUGAAGGCCGAAGGAAUAGAAAAAUUAUAUUCACAGUCCAUCUUAUUGGACUUGACUGACAACAAGCUACAGACUACACAGAAAACUUUGAGUUUCUCCUUUCCUCCCGAUACAGUGAGUGGUAGUGAAAGAGUUCAGAUCACUGCAAUUGGAGAUAUUCUUGGUUCUUCCAUCAAUGGCUUAGCCUCAUUGAUUCGGAUGCCUUACGGCUGUGGUGAACAGAACAUGAUAAAUUUUGCUCCAAAUAUUUAUGUUUUGAAUUACCUGACUAAGAAGAAACAACUGACAGAGAAUUUAAAAGAAAAAGCUCUUUCAUUUAUGAGACAAGGUUACCAGAGAGAACUUCUCUACCAACGGGAAGAUGGCUCUUUCAGUGCUUUUGGGAACGAUGACCCAUCAGGGAGCACUUGGUUGUCAGCCUUUGUUUUAAGAUGUUUCCUUGAAGCUGAUCCCUACAUAGAUAUUGAUCAGAAUGUGUUACACAGAACGUAUACAUGGCUCAAAAACCGUCAAAAACCCAAUGGUGAAUUUUGGGAGCCAGGAAGAGUGAUCCACACCGAGCUGCAAGGUGGCAAUAAAAGUCCUGUAACACUUACAGCUUAUAUUGUGACUUCUCUCCUGAAAUAUAAAAAGUAUCAGCCUUAUCUUGAUGUGCAAGAGUCUGUCGACUUUUUGGAGUCUGAAUUCAACAGAGGAAUCUCAGACAAUUACACCCUGGCUCUUGUAACCUAUGCGCUGUCACUCGUGGCGAGCCCCACAGCCAAGGAGGCUUUGCACCUGCUGACGGGGAGAGCAGAGCAAGAAGGAGGCAUGCAGUUCUGGGUAUCGUCAGUGUCCGGACUUUCUGAGUCCUGGCAGCCGAGCUCCCUGGACAUCGAGGUUGCCGCCUACGCGUUGCUCUCCCACUUCCUGCAGCGGCAGGUUGCGGAGGGCAUCCCCAUCAUGAGGUGGCUGAGCGGGCAGAGGAACAACUUGGGAGGUUUUGCAUCUACGCAGGACACCAUUGUGGCCUUGAAGGCCCUGUCCGAAUUUGCAGCCUUAAUGAACACAGAAAGGACAAAUAUCCAAGUAACCGUGACAGGGUCCAGUUCACAGAGUCCUGUGAAGUUUCUGAUUGAUGCACAGAACCGCUUUGUCCUCCAGACGGCAGAGCUUGCUGCGGUAGAGCCAACUGAAGUUAAUAUUUCUGCAAAUGGUUUUGGAUUUGCUGUUUGUCAGCUAAAUGUUAUUUAUAAUGUGAAAAAUUCGGAGUCUUCCAGAAGACGAAGAUCUGCCCCAAAUCAAGAGGCCUUUGAUUUAGAUGUUGCUGUAAAAGAUAACAAAGAUGAUAUCAACCACUUGAAUUUGAAUGUGUGUACAAGGUUUUUGGGCCCAGAGCGAAGCGGCAUGGCCCUCAUGGAAGUGAACCUCCUCAGCGGCUUCACUGUGCCUUCGGGCACGGUCCCCCUGAGCGAGAUGGUGAGGAAGGUGGAGCACGACCAGGGGAAACUCAGCCUGUACCUGGAUUCUGUAAAUGAAACCCAAUUUUGUGUCGAUAUUCCUGCUGUGAGAAACUUUAAAGUUUCAAAUACACAAGAUGCUUCUGUGUCCAUAGUGGAUUACUAUGAACCAAGGCGGCGAGCGGUGAGAAGUUACAACUCCGAGGCGCAGCUGUCCUCCUGUGACCUCUGCGGAGACUCCCACAGCUGCGGUCACUGCGGGAAUGGAGCAUCGGCCUCCCUUCCUCACUCGUCAGUCCUUUUCGUCUCCUGUUCCCUGCUUCUGUUCUCUCUGCAGCAUCGGCUGUGAUUCCCGUUUUAAGGACUCCAUGUAACACAUUUCCAGAAGUCACACGUGAUUGUCUUAUUUUCAUAACCAAAUAUUGCUUCUGUUUUGAAAAACAAUUUUUUUCUUUUUAUGAGGUUGAUGGGGAUGGUGUACAAUAGGUCCUAGUAUGUAUGUCUGCAUAGAUUUUUCUCCUGACUUCUGUGUGGAACAAAAUUCAGAAUCAUUGCAGUUGUAUAGCUUUAUUUUUCCCUCUUAAAAUAUUUUAGAGUUUUUUGGGGAGGUGUUGGUUUCUCCAGAAUAAAUGUGUUAGUUUAGAUACAUUAUUCUUUUCAUUUCCAGAAGAAAUGAGGUUCCUAAACAUUAUUAAACAUCAGUCUUUUCUUUAAUAUUGAUAACUCAAAAAUAAAAGGCCAAAGUGAGAGGCAUAAGCAUUUAUUUGAGAUCAAAAAGAAUAGUUAUUUGGAAAGCACAGAUUCAGGCAGAAGCCCAAAUAGUGUUUGGAUUAGGAGGCAGUGACAAGAGAUAUUUUUGAGAAAGGAAAGGAAAACAAUGACAUCACUAGAAAGAAGGCACGUCUAUUGAUGCCGAUAGCUAACAUAGUGAUGUUAAUUCUAUGUUUUUAAGUUUUCAGUCCAGUAGGCCAUGAGUCUGGUAGUCAUAAGAGCUGCUUUCUGGUUGUCCUUAUAGACCCAGUGUUGCUUUAGGCCCAGUCUGAAGGUUAUUUUGCCCUGUUUUAACAUUCCAAAGAUUUGAGGCAUCAGACUUGCAGGGCAGUCCCCUGGGAUGGCAGCUCUGAGUCCAUUUUAAAGUAUUAAAGACAAAUUUCCUAGGACUCGGGAGAAGGAAACCCGAAUGAGGAGCUUGCUCUGUUCCCUUUCCACAUCCACCUUAACCUUACUGUCCACUCCCCCACCCACAGUGGUCUUCGUGUGCCCUUUGUAAUUGAAUAUCACAUCCCUCUCUUUAGAAGGUAGGUGGUGAUUUUUUUUAAGCAAAAUGGUGGUUUUCCAUUCCACGUGAAACCACAUACCUUUACUUUUCCUCUAUUUUUCUUCUGGAAAGAAGAAUGAGAGAGGGAAUGUGUUUUCCUGUCCUUUGCUGGUGGGUUUGGAGCUUAAGGCCUGUACAGAAAACUGCCUUAAAGGGGCCCUGGGUGUGCUGCUCUCCUCACUUCCUCAGCUCCACACUUGGGCUCUGUUUCAGGGGGAGGGUUGGAAUGCAUUGCAAUAUGUGCCUUAUGUGACUUAGACUAGAAGAUCUUGGACCAGGAGGCACAACUUUGCUAGUAAUGGGGAUGAUAAGCCAGGGGGAUCACAAAAUCCUAUAUAAGACACAGCAGACUGACCUCUCUGGUCUGAGAAAGAAGCUGAGGUUUUAUGGGGACCAGAGGGUCUUGACGUGAUGGCUGGGGCUGAAGUACCACAGGGCAUGCCCUGGGGUCCUGGGCAGCUCUUUUGGGCUCAGGUGUCUGGGUGUCAGACCGCCAGCUGUCCAGUGAAUCUCACUGGACGUCUAAUGCUCAUUGCGAAUCUUUAAGAAGGUCCUGAACUUUGAGUGUCUGAAUCAUUGUUUACCCUGCAUUCUGAAGGAUAAUAUUCAUUUAUCUGGGUGAACAUUGUAAAGGAAAAUUCCUUUGUUUUUUCUUUUCUCAUUUUUCUCUAUUUCUUCCUUCUGUCUUCCUUCCUUUCUUUUCUUCCUUUCUACAUUCCCUUCUAAAUAGGUUAAAACAUACUAGAAACAUCAAAAACAAAGAUCUUUUACCAAGUCUAAGAAUACUUUAAUCUUACUCCCUAACUCCACAGCAUACCUCUCAAGGGGAUGUGGGAAAAAUGAUUGCUGUGGGCUCCAAGGAGCCUACAUGACAAUAUUUUCAACUUUUUAAAAACAAAUCUACCAAAGUAUACAAAUGUAUCUUUUAAAAAGAAUUUUAUUUUUAGUGAUUUUAAGAAAUUACAAUGCAGUGGAUAUUCAUGUCAUUGCUUAUGAACAUUUUGGAUACCAAAGAAGAAAUCACCAGCAUUCAGUGUUUUAAAGCUUGAAAUCUCUGUAUGGAAAAAAGAUUCUCACACAUGGUCUGUGGAGAGAAAGUUAAAUAUCAAACAAAUACUUUUUUGCAUUUUUUUCAAGUGGGGAAAAGUUCUGUCACACACCUUGGAACCACUCUGAUCUAAAAUAAGCACUUAUGUUUGGGCCUCUGUGUGGUGUUUUUGGCCUUCACACCCCAGGGCUUUCUGAGAAAUGAGAGUAACUUACAGCGAAGCAGGUGAUGGGGUGUUUGCAGAGAUGCCUCCGCACCCGCCCUGCCCAGGGAGCCUCAUGCUGACUCUCAGGACCUUAUAACCUUCAGUAGGUAAUUUAUACAGACCUUUUACUGUAGUAGACUAGGAAACACUGGAAUGGAAUCUUUUUUAGACCCUAUUUUCUCAUUUAAAAACCAGGACUCUAUCACAUUUUUGUGAAGUUCUUCAGAUUUUCAGGUGAAAAACUCAUCUUGUAACUCAUCUCUUUUUAUUAUAAAUUUAUUAAAAAGGAGGUGGAGGGGGGAAGGGGAAAAAGAGGAGAAAGGGCCGGUUAGCUCUGCCUCAUGGUACUUGGGGCUGUGGCGGAGAGGCCUGGUCCUCUUCCUCCUCCAUGUCUUAGAGAACUUGCCAGCUUGCUACACAUCGUGGGUUUGGAUGAAAAGUCCCUAAAAAGCCACCAAAAUAGGAGAAAAGGAGGACAUGUAGUAGUGAAAAUUGGUAGUAUAGAUUAUUUUCUUCACGUGCUAUGAGUAAUAAAAACUCAUUUUACCUUAUGCUGAAACUCUUCUGUUCAGAAUGCCAUCAAUUUCAUUUAUUGAUAGGAACCAAUAUAAAGGCCCCUCUUCCCCCACUGACAGGGAACCUUAUUAAGACAUUAGCAUACGUCACUUUGUUUUGAGUGGACAGUGGUUCCAGAGACUGAAUGCUGGGAAAACUAGUGGCCAAACAAUUCAAGAACAGAACAAUGCUUUUAUAUCUGGUUUCACUAUCUUACUACCUUCAGAUACAAUUCUGAAAAAGAGUUAAAGCUUAUUAAAAUAUUCAGGGUCAAUGAAAUAUUUCCUUUUAUUGUCCUCUUAUGCUUUAUGUUUUCCAUAUGUUCUAACAACAAUAUCUUUGGUUUACUAUCUUGAUUAUAGUAAAAUUUGAGGAGCAUUGUGCUAAUAUAAAAUCCAGAUAUAUAGCUAUAAUAUUGCCUAACAGUUUGUUACUUAUAUGCAAUACUAUAUCCUACAUGCACACAUUUUCGGAAUUGUAGAUAGCAUAAUUUUCCCUGCUCCCAUCCUUUUCAGCCUGCAUAUAGUUAUUUUUUAAAGUUAUACUUAACCCUAAUUUUUGUUUAUGUCAAAUAUAGUUAUAAAUAGUCUGGCAAUAUAACACCUAUUAUCUUUAUUUUGAUGUCAUUGAUUUAUUUCAUUAGACAUUUCUGGCUGUCUUAUGACAUUUUUAAAAAAUUGGAGCUAUGAUUUUUUUCUUUGCCACUUUUAAAAGAAUCCGUCGUAUUUUAACAUGUCGGCAUAUUAAUCGUCUUUGUAAUAGCCUUACAAAUAAAAUCAUAGUUCCAAAUUUUUAUAAUUUGAUUUAUUGAAGUUUAAUAUUAAUUUCUGUAAAACUAUGCUAUAAAUAGCUCCUUGACAAGGUUUCUUAACAUAGGGAUGACACAUCUUUUGAGUUUGCCAAGUGUCUACUAUAAAUCCAGGUGCCAUCGUAUAUUUAUUAUUGGAUGCAUCAUUUUUCUUGCAUAUUGUAAAUCCGAGACACUUAUAGUAAGUGGACUCACUCUUGAUUAAGCUUUAGAAUUUUUAUAUUCUCUAAAUAGAAGCUUCUGUUAAAUAGAAGAGCAUAUUCCUCAUUAUUCUUUGUUUUCAAAUUAUAGUAAAACAUAGCAUUUGUAAAACUUAAAAUUUUUCUAUCUUCUAUUCAGAUGAUAUUCAUGUUAACAUUAAAUAAGUCACAUUGGGAGUAAUUUGAGGUGCAAUUAUUUUUGUCACAACAUUGAAUAGAAGUCUGGUAGGUGACUUCAGGAAACUGAAUAGUAAAUACAUGUUUUUAAUUAAGUAUGCAUCAGUGGGAGUAGGCUUAUUUUCAAAUUAUUGCUAGCCAGUCUGUUGUGUUCCAGGUGCCUCACCAGACAACAGUGCUCCAUGGCGUCAUUUCAUAAAGUGUUGCCAUUUCGACUCCGAUUAUGAUUCUAACAGAGGAAAGUAGAUAUUUCUUAAGUGAUGUUUGAGUUUCUCAGGCCAAAGGCUGCUGACAGUGGGUGUCUGUGUCUCUGUAAUAGGGGUGAUACUGAUAUAUGUAGCUACAUGUUUAAGAAUAAUUCUUUCUCAAGUCAUGAGGCCACAAUUUACCACUCUUCUGACCAACAUAUUGAAUCCGUGGUAAAAGGCCGUUCUGUGUUCCAUUUGUAGAUCUUUGAGAUUUACCUUUGAUAGCUUCAAUAAAAUAUGGCUCUACCCUGGUCCUUCAAGCUUUUAUGUUUUGGAUUUUUAGUUGGGUGCAGUUGAUGUGGUAGAGUCAAUGUCUUUUGUAUACAGGAAGGUUUACGAAAUAGUGCUCAUAAAUCCCCUAUUUUGAGAAGCUGUUUUGCAUAUGAGAUAAAUAUUAUUGAAACAUUAUUUUCUCAGAAACUAAAGCUUUACAUAUUGAUCAAGGUAAUUCCAAAAGUUUAAAUUUUAAAUGUGUUGUUAAUUGUACUCUAUUAUGUAUUCAGCAAGAAUCAUGGCCUAUCGAUAAAACAUUAAA